AAAAAAUAAAAAAGAUGUUGGCUGCUACAAGCACAGAUAAUAAAAUAAACUUUGUACAAGUUCCCCGCCCUGCUGCUACAGAGAAUACCAUUGUUGUAAAAAACAAGGUCUUGGGUGUCAACUACGUAGACUCUCUUCAAGCGCGUGGUAUCUUUCCUAUGCCUGCAAGCGGAACUUUUGGAACAGAAGGUGCUGGCGUAGUUGUGGAAGUAGGUAAAGGAGUUACAGACUAUAAAGUCGGCGACCGUAUCAUAUCUUUUGAAAACGGAUCUUACGCUGAAUACUCUAUUUAUCAUGAAUUCGACUUGAAAGCACACAAAAUUCCUGAUAAUGUCUCGUUUGAAACCAUUGCUACCAUUGCUACACAAGGUCUGACAGCAAUUACAUUGGUAGAGAGUGCUUAUAACGUAAAAAAGGGCGAUUAUGUCUUGAUCCAUGCAGCAGCAGGUGGCGUAGGAAGCAUCUUGGUGCAAUUGGUUCAUCAAAAAGGUGGCAUAGCGAUUGGCAUCACAAGCUCGGAUGAGAAGGCUGCGUUUGUCAAGGAGUUGGGUGCAGAUCACGUUAUCAAUUACAAAUCAGAAAACAUUCUCCAACGCGUGUUGGAAAUAACCAAAGGUGAAGGAGUGCACCUUUCGUUGGAUAGUGUAGGUGGUGCUUCCUUUGAAGAAUCUUCCAUCCAGACUCUUCGAUACAAUGGCUUGGUUGUUUCUUACGGAUUUGCUGCAGGUCGUCCCCCACCAAUUGAAAUAAGCAAGCUAUUUCCCAGAAAUAGUAGUAUCCAAGGAAGUAGUGUCUACCACUACAUGACCAACAAGGAGGAUGCUGACAAGUGGUGGAAUCGUCUCUUCCAAUUAAUAGAUCAAGGCGCUUUGAAAACCUUUGUAUACAAGACUUACCCUUUUGAUCGUCUCGGAGAAGCUCUGGAUGCUAUUCAUGGUGGUCAAACCAGAGGUAAACUCUUGGUGGAGUUGUGUGACUCGUCUUAAUGCGUCUUUAACUGAUUUAAAAAAUAAAAAAUAAUAAAAAAUUGUUUUUACCCC